UUUCAGCCUCCCGAUUUCCUCUCUUUAAAACCCACAAUGCUCCUGAUUUUCUGCAUUCACCGACGUGCUCGCCUUGAUGUUUGUCUCUCCCAUUUCCUUUCCCAUCCAACGCCGACGACCCUCUUUCUAUUCCCCUCAUUCUGUCCUCCAAAACUUUGCCUCCCGCUUCCUUUUCACGUUUCUUUCCCUAUAAUAUUUUACAGAGGUUUUGUAAAUUGUCGUUUUCUCCAGUUGGGUCAAAAUCUUUUACCGAACCCAGUUGGUUUUUAUGCGAGGUUUUGGCUUCUUUUGGUUCUACUGACUUUGCUUUCACAUUUUGAGGCUGAAAAAUCAGAUGGGUAGUCGGCCACUGUCCGGUUUCUAGUUUCGAGCUCUCAGCUGCACCAGAACAAACUCGACCCAGGAAGAUAUAGGUCUAGUAGUUUGAGCUGCAAUUUCUGUUUUCUGGGACUGAAACCAAAUCUUGACGAUGCCUAUCUCACAAGAAACAUCCAACUUUGAUGAGAUUUCUAUGAAGCAGAGUUUGAUUUUCUCUGAUUGUCUCAAGGAUUUGAAGAAUCUUAGAGCACAGUUAUACUCAGCAGCAGAAUAUUUUGAACUCUCUUACACAAAUGACGACCAAAAACAGAUAGUGGUAGAAACAUUGAAAGAUUAUGCUGUUAAAGCAUUUGUGAAUACUGUGGAUCAUUUGGGUUCUGUUACUUUUAAGGUUAAUGAUAUUUUGGAUGAAAAGGUGGAUGAAGUUUCUGGAACGGAGUUCAGGGUGUCGUGCAUUGAACAGAGGCUGAGAACAUGCCAAGAGUAUAUUGAUCACGAAGGACAUUCCCAACAAUCCCUGGUGAUAAACACUCCCAGUUAUGACAAGCGUUACAUAUUGCCAGUUGGGGAGACCAUGAAUGGGGGUACCCGCACUAGAUCUAAGUACCAAGGAUGCAAUCUAGAUGAUCAGGAUGAAUGGCACCAAUUUAGAAAUGCCGUUCGAGCAACUAUUAGGGAAACGCCACCAUCCAUUGUCAGUAAAGAAAACUCUCUUGCGCCUUCUCAACAACCUUCCCCGUCUCCGCAACCUAGAACAUUCUCAUUCACGUCUACCAUGCCCAAGAAGGAACUAGAUAAACGAUCAGUUUCUCCACACCGGUUUCCACUUUUGCGCUCUGGUUCGCUCUCAAGUAGGCCAAAGACACAAAGCUCAAGUCGACCAACUACACCCAACUCAAGUAGGCCGACCACUCCAAGUAAUUCCAAUGGCCAACGACGGUAUCCUUCGGAACCCAGGAAAUCAGCAUCUAUGCGGAUGCCUGCAGAAAGGGAUAACAACAAGGAUGUCGAACAAUAUCCUAGCAAAAGUAAACGGCUCCUAAAGGCCUUGCUUAGUCGACGCAAGUCGAAGAAAGACGAUAUGUUGUAUACUUAUUUGGAUGAAUACUAGCACAAGAGUUUCAGGAAAGAAAUGAACACCAGGAGGAUCAGCUGGCGAAUAUGAAGGCUUCAAAUUCAAUUCAUUAGAGUCGAGAGAUAUCACAUUGUACUUUCAUCAACAUUAUUGAAUUCCAUAUAGUAGUUUUCCCUUCAUCGCAUGCUGAAAUCAUUCUUUCUUCUGUUUCGACUUCAAAUUAUACUUGUGAUACCAUCACGUGGGUAUGAAGAAGUAUCCAAUAAUUUUGUUUGUAAUCAGCGCUGAUAUUUUUAAAGUGCCCCCUUUAUUCUUCAAUAUGAACAUUCCGAAGUCAUAGAAGCA